AUUCAACCUUCUUUCCUCCAUUUAUUUUCUCCUCUCUCUACUCCCAAACCAUGGCCUCUACUGUCCCCAAGACACCCACCGCUGCACCUGCAUUGCUGCAUUCUGCCCACAAGGAGGAGACAAGCACGAGGCAUUACUCCGACGAACUUGUCACCGGACACAUUUACGCCAAACAUCGCGACGACGACACAACCAAGAUUGAUCUCCCUAGUUACAUCUCAGUUAUUGAAAAUAUUCUCACCACUUCUCAUCGAAUUACCGAUAAUAUCCAUCGGGGAACUGAAGGACGUCUAGUAUAUUCAGACGAUACUUUGAGAUCAAACGUUGUGAUUGAUCCUCCGCUCUGUACUCUUCAUCGUAUCAAUAGCGAGUUGUCAUGCAAGGCUCCGGGGAUAACAAAAGCACACGAGACGACACUAGAAAUCUUCGACAUACUGACAAAUUAUCCAUGGGAAGCCAAGGCAGCUCUCACUUUGUUAGCCUUCACAUCAGAUUAUGGAGACUUAUGGCAUCUCUACCAUUACUCCAUGACUGACCCAUUGGCUAAAUCAUUGGCAAUUAUCAAGCGAGUUGCUUCAUUAAAGAAGCACUUAGACUCAUUCCCAUACCAACAAGUGCUUCUCAACCCCAGCAGCCUCAUCCGUAGUUGCUUGCAAGCCAUCAAAUACAUGAAUCAAAUUAGAGAAUUCUCCAAGUAUGAUGUCAAGGAGCUUCCUGAAUUACCAUCCGCUCUUCGUCAAAUCCCAUUAAUCACUUAUUGGGUUAUCCACACUAUUGUUGCUUCUAAAAUACACCUCUCCAGCUACCUUAGUGAAACCGAGAAUCAGCCACAAAGAUAUUUGAAUGAUUUGUCCGAUAAGAUCGCCAAUGUACUCAACGAGCUCGAAAAGCAUCUCAACGCCAUACGAGAACAACAUGCCGAGGUUGAUCUCUUCCGGUGGUUGGUUGAUCACAUUGAGCAUUAUCAUACCGAUAUUACGUUAGUUGUUUCCAAGCUCCUUAGUGGCAAAACUGAAACCAAUCCACUUAUUGAUGGCUCUACGCUAAGAGAGGUUAGCGUUCAAGAAAGUUUAUCUGGAAAGAAUGUGAUCCUGGUAAUUUCUGAAUUGAAUAUCUCGAAUGAUGAUAUCGAGGCUCUUCAUCAUGUUUACGAAAGAUUGAAAACGGAUCACAAGACAUAUGAGAUCGUUUGGAUUCCGAUUAUCCCUGCGUCUUAUCAUGCCGAAGAUCUCAAGAGAUAUGAGUACUUGCGUUCUAUAAUGAAAUGGCAUUCAAUACCAUUUACUACAAAAAUAGCUGGCAUGAGAUAUAUGGAGGAGAGGUGGCAACUUAGGGAGGAUCCUUUAGUUGUCGUACUCAACUCACAAUCUAAAGUAGUAUUUAGAAAUGCAAUUCAUUUGAUUCGAGUUUGGGGUAAUGAAGCAAUUGAUUUUACUCAUGAUAGAAGCAAGAGUUUGCUAAGAAGAAAUUGGCCCGAUUCGACGCUCGUCAAAUUCACCCACCAACCGAGACUACAAAAUUGGAUCAAACAAGAAAAAAGUAUCUUAUUCUAUGGAGGAAGAAACCCGGCAUGGAUCCAACAAUUUGAAGAGAGAGUAGAAAUUUUGAAAAAUGAUCCUUUUAUAAUUGAGGGUAGUUCGUUUGAGAUCGUACGGAUAGGAAAGGAUGUGAAAGGAGAGGAUGAUCCUACACUUAUGAGUCGUUUUUGGAACACACAAUGGGGUUAUUUUGUAGUGAAGAGUCAGUUAAUAGGUUCAAGUGCGAGUGAGACAACCGAAGACAUCUUAAGAUUGAUUUCUUACCAAAAUGAGGAUGGUUGGGUUGUUUUGACUGUUGGCUCGGCACCUGUGCUAGUUGGUCGUGGGGUUUUGAUAUUGAGAUUGUUAGAGGAGUUCCCUAAAUGGAAGCAAAGUUUGCGGUUGAAAGCAUUUCCGGAUGCUUUUAGAGAAUACUUCAAUGAAUUGGCUCUCAAGAGUCACCAAUGUGAUCGUGUAAUUCUGCCGGGAUUCAGUGGAUGGAUUCCUAUGACUAUCAAUUGUCCUGAAUGCCCUCGCUUCAUGGAGACGGGUAUUAGCUUCAAGUGUUGCCAUGGAGGUGCUCAUAUGUGAUCCACACUUGCAUCCAUGGUGGAAAGUCAUACUCAUAUUAUUAUGUUAUACUACUACUAAAAUGAAUAAUGCAAUUUUAUUUUAAACUCGAGUCCAUUAGGUCUCGAUGUUGUCAUUGAACAA